UCAAUUAGACACAGCGAAUCGGACAAAGCCACAGAGUGUAGGCGCACAGACACACAAGUCUGUGGUUUGUGUCUGCAUUGACGUGUGUGUGUGUGUGUUGUUAUUACAAUAAUUUUUCACGUCUUGCAGACAUGAAUUGGUGGACAAAGAGUCUCGGGUCUGUAUACAGAUGACCUGAGAGGAAGGAAGGUGACUGAAAAGUGUGUGAGAGAAUUUCAGUGCGAAAGACUAGGCCUAAUAAUAUGAUGUCGAGACAGAGACCAUUAUUACCACCACAGAGCUUUGAGAGUGUUAAAACAAACGGCCAGAGAAAGAGAUUUUCUUCCUCCUCCUCCUCCUCUUCCCCUUCUUCUUCGCCACACUUGCAAAAGAGACUUUGUUUAGACAUGAUGGAAAAUCAGAAGCUCGCGGCUGCGAAUUUCUCCGUCGUCGCUCCCAACGGAGUCAGCAAGGGCGCCGUCCUGGGCAAGAAACAAGGCGCCGAGAAGAAGGUGCUCGCGAUUAAAAACUUCAAGGUUCAUAAUCAGCCUGCUGUGGAUCAUAUAGCUGAGUCUUGGCAGUAUUUAAGAGAAGCAGUAGUCGCGAUACAAGAGUCAAGGAAACUUCGAGACAACCUUACCCAAGAGGAUUUGUACCGAUAUGUAGAUAACCUUAUUACGCAGCGACCUCCUGUUCAUUUAUAUGCAGACUUGAAAGAUCUGACAGAGAAGCACAUAAAGUCUUGUUUAAAUCAGUUUUUGAGCGGGACGAGUGAUCGUUUAACGUUCUUGAGACAACUGAAUGAUUGCUGGACUCAUCAUUGCCAGCAGAUGAAAAUGGUUUGCAACAUAUUUUUGGCCUUAGAUAGAGGCUAUGUACUCCAGAAUGCUCAGGUUUCAUCCAUUUGGGACAUGGGGUUAGAGUUGUUUAGACAGCACAUACUAGAAGAAGUUAUAGUAGAGAAUAGAUGUGUCGAUGGUCUAUUAAUGAUGAUAGAAAAGGAGCGUUCCGGUGAAACUAUCGACAGGUCCCUUGUGAAAUCACUUCUUAGGAUGUUAUCAUCAUUACAAGUAUAUCACAAAGUUUUUGAAAACAAAUUUUUGGUGGCUACAGAACAGCUUUACUUACGUGAAGGUCAGCGAUUGAUGCAAGAUCGUGAUGUACCUCAGUACCUCCUCCAUGUUGAUAAACGUCUUACGGAAGAAAACAACAGAGUACUUCAUUAUUUAGAUAUGUCUACCAAACGGCAGUUAAUAUAUUGUGUUGAAAAGCAGUUGUUAAGUGAACACAAAACUCAUCUCCUACAAAAAGGUCUUGAUUCUCUUUUAGACCAAAAUCGUCGCCAUGACCUAACGCUUUUGUAUAAUCUCUUAUCACGUAUCAAAGGAGGACUGGGUGAUCUGUGUUCUCACUUUAAUGCAUAUAUUAAGUCGUAUGGUAAAACAAUUGUAAUUAACCCGGAGAAGGACAAAGGAAUGGUACAGGAGUUACUAGAUUUUAAAGACAAGAUGGAUGGCAUCGUUAGUGAAUGUUUUUCCUCGGAUGAAAAGUUUGUGCUGGCACUUAAGGAAGCUUUUGAGCACUUCAUAAAUCAAAGACAAAAUAAGCCUGCAGAAUUAAUAGCCAAGUUUGUUGAUGGAAAGUUACGUGCAGGCAACAAAGAAGCUACAGAGGAUGAAUUGGAACGUCUUCUGGAUAAGAUAAUGGUUCUCUUUAGAUUUAUCCAUGGCAAAGAUGUUUUUGAAGCCUUCUACAAAAAGGAUUUAGCAAAGCGACUGCUAGUGGGUAAAUCAGCCAGUGUAGAUGCGGAGAAGAGCAUGUUAAGUAAACUAAAACAAGAAUGUGGUCCAGGGUUCACAAGUAAAUUAGAAGGCAUGUUUAAGGAUAUGGAACUGUCUAAGGAUAUAAUGCUUGCCUUUAAGCAGAACUCACAUGUAGGAGCAACCCCAAUGGAACUUAAUGUUAAUAUAUUAACAAUGGGCUAUUGGCCUAAUUAUCCAUUGAUGGAGGUAAAUCUUCCACCAGAGAUGGUCAACUAUCAACAAAUUUUCACAAAGUUUUAUUUAGCUAAACAUAGUAAUAGGAAAUUACAGUGGCAACCUACUCUUGGCCAUUGUGUACUAAAGGCAUCAUUUAAUCAAGGACCCAGGGAACUCCAGGUAUCACUAUUCCAGGCUCUCGUGCUCCUUUUAUUUAACAAAACAGAUUCCCUGUUACUAGCAGAUAUUUCUAAUGGAACAAAUAUUGAGGAUGGGGAGCUUCGACGUACUUUGCAAUCCCUAGCCUGUGGUAAGGCACGUGUUCUUCAAAAGAUGCCACGAAGUAAGGAGGUCAAUGAUGGAGAUAGAUUUAUUUACAAUAAGGACUUUACGAAUCCUCUCUUUAGAAUUCGAAUUAACCAGAUUCAGAUGAAGGAAACGAGUGAAGAGCAGCAACAAACUGAAGAGAGGGUCUUCCAAGAUCGACAAUAUCAAAUUGAUGCUGCAAUUGUAAGGAUUAUGAAGAUGAGAAAGGUUCUUCCUCACAAUCUGCUUUUAUCAGAACUUUAUAAUCAGCUAAAGUUCAAUGUCAAGCCUGCAGACCUCAAGAAGAGAAUCGAGAGUCUUAUUGAUCGUGAUUACAUGGAACGAGACAAGGAUAACCCUAAUACUUACAAUUAUGUUGCCUAAUCACCUAUUUGUAUUGCUCCUUAUUGUGAUAUUUUUCAUGAUGAAGUUCUUUUGCCUGAGAAAUUAAUUACCGGUAUAUGUAGCCACGGAAAUGUGAUAUAUAUAAACUAUACAAUACUGUGUAUCAAGAACUUGACACAACAGAUUUACUAAAUAGCUCUCAUCUCCGAAGUGCUGUUUUUAUUCAUUUCAAGUUGAUUCCUUCACCAGAGUGAGCUUUACGCAUUUUCCCAGUGCAGGUGGUUACGUGAAUUGCUAAAUAACUGAUGCCUUGUUUCCCAGCUGAAAAAUGUUAUUUCUUAAAGAAGUUUCAGUUCAAGCCAGUGGAAAUUUUUUACCAGAAACUUUAGUGGAGAGCCAGCGAGUGAAAGAAUUUAGAUAGGACGCUGGAAUUGUGAAUUGAGUAUAAACAAAAUUUCGUUGCACUGUCACUAAUGGUACUAUGAAAUAUACUUGAUUAACUUUUAUUUUUACUUUUUUUUUUGUUUGUUUUGUUUUUCAUGGUUUUCCAAGUAUUGACAGUGAGAAUUAAUAUGCUUUUCAUUGCUCAUGUGUUCUUUCCCUUUUCACAAUGUUUUGGGUAUAACCCUCUUGGGUUUGUUGUCAAGGUGAUCAUAAGAAUGCAGGUGAUUUUGCAGAUUCAAGUCUGCAUUUUUUGGUUCGUACAUCAUCAGACUGAAUUGUUUUUGUUAUGUAAGAAUUUAUCUUCUAUAGCGCAAAAUUUCUGUUCCCUGGAAAGAGAAACCAGAUACAAAAAAAUUUCUCCAUGUUUACAUCUAUUGAGGGAACAAAAAUUGUCUAAAUUCUUUUAUUAACCAUGACUACGGUACUUGCUGAUAGGUUUACAUAAAUAGAAAAAUGUGUGGUGAGAAGUAUCCUUUCCAAGUAGGGGAAAAGCUCUUUGUUUGUAUCUUUGAAGUUGAAAACUUCUUUAAUCUAGUACUGUAAUGUAUAAUAAAAUAAGCUUUUUCUUU